AUGGAUUCUUCGGCGGCCGCGUCGAUUCAGAAACGCAAGACUGCACGUUCUCCGGGCACAAAAACAUCGCUAAGGCGUGUUGGGCUGGAAGCCCAAAGAUCGAAGGCCGGAUUGACGAGACCGGGCCUGAAGACAACGGAAGGGGCAGACCAAACACUUAAGCUAGUGACCGCAUAUGCUGUCGCAGAUCAAUUCGACCUGACGAAGGUCGUAGAGAUUCUUCGCAGUAAAGGCUACGAACCUGAUCCCCUAGAGACAGGUCUCUUUCCACAGGUGGUCCACGUUCAAAUACCCAUAUCGUCCAUUUACCGUUCCACGAAUCCCGCCGCCGCGCAUUUAUCGUCAACAGAGGUCGGCGAUGUAUUCGUCUUCCCGUCUGGUACGCUAGUGACAUGGGCGCUCCCUGACGGCUUCACUUCUUACUUCGCAACUCGUACCCUGCUGCCCGCAGCAGACAAUCCUCACAAAGAGCCUAUUGAGACCGAAGACUUGGAUUAUAUCGAAGACCCUACCCGGGAGCACAGCUUGAUCCGGGGUGACACCAUCAUCCUCGGCACCAAGCGACCCGAGCAUCACGACGAUCAGCCAGCGGAUCAGACCAAGUCACAGUUUCAGACUGUGGACACCGUGCUCACCAAGAUUGCUUUUUCAAGUGGCUUUGCGCGUUCCACGAAAUUGGCGGUUCUUGAAACCAACCUCUCCACGUACCUGGCUUCCACAGCGGACAUACCAGCUCUGCUAUCCAAAGGAUCUCGUCUUCCCUUCAAGCUCAGCAGAGAUUUCAUCCUACGCAAGACAGGCCAGUUGCUGCUCCUGCGCGCCCAACUCAACCUUUACUCAGAACUCACCGACAGCCUGCCUGAUCUUUUUUGGGACAGCCGCCAUGAGCUCAACCUGGAAAACUACUAUGACCAAGUUGGCCGGGCACUCGACGUGGGGAUCCGCAUCAAGGUGCUAAAUGAGAAGAUGGACUACGCCGCAGAAAUUGCAACAGUGCUGAGAGAGAGGCUGAGUGAAAAACACGGCUUAUUCUUGGAGUGGACGAUCAUCGUGCUCAUUGCCGUGGAGGUUGGCUUCGAGGUUCUCAGAUUAUGGAAGGAAGGGUUCUGGGCCGAGGUCUGGGAAGGGAGAGUUGGUGAGGUGAAGGGCGAGAGUACCUAG